ACCUGAGUCAUCUUUGAACCGAACUUUUCCACGCAUUUUCCCACUUUCAGAGCUGGAAAAACCAUCGCAGCAGAUAAUUAGCAACUGGAACGUAGUGUCGUGUAAUCAUGGGGCGCAAAAAAUCAAAGAAGACUGGGGAUGACGAUUCAGCACCAGCUGGACCCAGCACGCAAGUUGAAUCGUCCACUCAGCAGCAGCAGCAGCAACCUCAACAACAGCAGCCGAAACAACCGAAGCAGCCGCAGCAACAGCAACAACAACAGCAACAGCAACAGCAACAACAGCAGCCUAAACAGCCGAAACAACCGAAGCAGCCGCAGCAACCGCAGCAACAGCAACAACAGCAGAAUCCGCAGCAACAGCAGCAACAGCAACCAAAGCAGCCAAAACAACCGAAGCAGCCGCAGCAGCAACAACAACAACAGCAACAACAGCAGAAUCCGCAGCAACAGCAACAACAGCCGCAGCAACAGCAGCGUCAGCCGCAACAACAGCGUCAGCAGCAGGGUCCGCAAGGUGCCUGGAACCAGGGCCAGCAACAGCGUCAGCCGCCUCAACAGCAACAACAACAACAACAGCAGCAGCAACAGCAACAGAGACAGCCUGCUGCGCAUCCCCAUGGACCUGGUAGUGGAGCACACGUUCGUACCUCAUCCGUUGCCUCAACUAAAUCUUCCUCAUCCGGCGAUGGGUGUCUUCCGUCCGUGGCGGAGGAUCUCAGCCGAAUGCAGAUCGAUAAGCAGAAGGUGCGCCGUACCGAUCUCCGGCCCGUUCUAUUCCGCAAAGGAGCCCAUGGCAAAAUGGGAGCCCCGGUGACGGUGGAGGCCAACUUUUUCCGGCUGCUGCUGGACAAACUGACCGGCACCGCCUACCAUUACGACAUCACAAUCGAACCGGAUCGGCCGAAAAAGUUUUACCGCCCGGUGUUUGCCCAGUUCUGUCUGGAAACAUUCCCCAACGUACGGUUUGCGUACGAUGGCCAGAAGAGUGCGUACGCCGCCCACCAGGUGGCCGACAGUAAAGCUACCAUCACAUACCACCCGGCAGACGGUGGGAAACCAAAGGAUUUCACCGUGACGCUGAAAAUAGCUACCACGGUGGAUUUGGGUUCAUUGAAAACGUACAUGAGCUCGAACUUGCAAAGCUUGGCCAAGCCAAUGAGUGCCAUCCAGUGCCUGGACGUGGUGUUACGCUGUGCGUACGAGAACAAUCCCAAUUUUGUCCGCUUUAAGCGAAGCGUUUACGCCGUACCGAAGCCGAACGGGCGUAUCGAUCUUACCAAGGGUCACGAACUGUGGUUUGGCCUGUUCCAGUCGGCCAUUCUUGGAUCGAAACCGUACCUGAACGUCGAUGUAUCGCACAAGGCCUUCCCGUCCGGUGGGCCACUGGUGAACAUCUUUGCCAGCUUCAAUCGCGGCCAGCUGCCACAGGAUGGGCGUUCCUUCGAUGCUUGGGUGCUGGCGGAACUGCAGAGCUACGUGCGCGGCAUGGAUGUCGUGUACCGUAGCCCGGCCGGCACGCAAAAGCGUAUGCGCUGUAACGGAUUGCGCGAACCGGCCAAUCGGCAGCAGUUUUCACUUGACGAUGGAACCAAAAUGACGGUCGAGGAGUACUUUCAGCGUAAGUUGAACUACAGGCUACGCUACCCUUCGCUGCCGGUCGUACACGUUGGCAGCAGUAUCCGGAGCGUGUACGUGCCGCCGGAACUGUGUGAGGUACCGUAUGGUCAGGCGCUGAACAAAGCCCAUCCGGACGAGUGUACUGCCGGUAUCAUCCGUCAUUCGGCCACCAGUACGGAGGUGCGCAAGAGGAAGAUCAUGAAUUUGACCGACGGUAUCCAGUACAAUCGAUCCCCGACACUGCUCGAUUUUGGCAUCGGGGUAGGGCGCGAGUUCGAGAAAUUACCGGCGCGGAUCAUCAACCCGCCCACGAUUACGUAUGCGGGUAACGAUACCGUGCGUCCAGUGCGUGGAACGUGGAGGGCUGAGGGAAAGAAGUUCCUCCAGUCUAGUUCGUCCUUCACUCAGAAGCCGCUCCGCUGGCGCAUUUUGAACCUGGACGGGUACACUAACGAGAACGAUGUGGCCGAGUUCGGCAAUAUGCUGUCGCGGCAUGCGCACCAAUGCGACGUGCAGCUGGAACCGUUCAGCAUGAAGGAAACGUACGUGUUAGUGCGUGACGUGCGCCAGUGCUUGCGCGAUCUCGGUAACCUGCUGACCGACAUCAAGAAGCAACAGCCGGCAAUCACCAUCGUGAUUGUGCCGUCGAGGGGCGAGGUAUACUCGCAAGUGAAGCAAAAGGCCGAACUAGCGAGCGAGCGGAUCGGGCUGUUGACGCAGUGCAUCAAAGGCAUGACGGUUCAGCGCAAGCGUACUGAUCUCAGCACGAUUAACAACAUUAUGUUGAAGAUCAACACCAAAACGAAUGGAACGAACCAUAAGCUGACCGUUGGCUCGCAGCCACCGUUGGCCCGUGGUAAGGUGAUGUACAUCGGGGCGGACGUCACGCAUCCGACCAGUGACGAUGUGCCGAGUGUUGUCGGCGUCACGGCCCUGUACGAUCUCGAAGGGUUCCGGUACAAUUGCAGCGUACGGCUGCAGGGUGCCCGUGACGAAAUGAUUCGCGAUCUCGAGAACAUCGUGUACCGGCAGGUGCAGCUGUACCAGCAGUACAACAAGGUACUGCCCGAACGCAUCAUGUACUACCGGGACGGUGUGUCCGAUGGGCAGUUUGCCGAAAUAUUGACCAUCGAGAUGCAGGCCAUUCACGCGGCGAUCGGGCGCAUCGGUCAGUCCUUCAAACCGGCGGUCACUUUCAUCGUCGUGCAGAAGCGGCACCAUACGCGGUUCUUCCCGGUGGCUGGAUGUCCGACCGAGGGCAAGAAUGCAAACGUUCCACCCGGAACGAUCGUGGAUCGGGAAAUCACGGCACCGGAUCGGUACGAGUUCUACCUUGUUAGCCAUGCUGCCGUACAGGGUGUGGCCAAGCCGACCAAGUACGUGGUGCUGUACGAUGAUUCCAAUUGCAACCCGGACGAGCUGCAGUCCAUGACGUACAAUCUGUGUCACAUGUUUGCGCGCUGUAAUCGGGCUGUAUCCUACCCGGCACCGACGUACUAUGCCCACCACGCAGCAUUCCGUGGCAGGGUUUACAUCAAAAACAAAAAGAUAAAUAUGAAUGAUUUGGAGCGGGCGUAUCGUGAUAUCCAAAUUUCAUCCGAUGUGAACGACAAGAACCCCAUGUUCUUUGUCUAGUUUUUUUUUUAUAUCUUCUUUACUAAGUUUUUAUUCUGCAUCUACUAUUUAUGGAGCAAUCCAAAUGAUAUUAUUAAUAUUGCAGUACAUUCAUAUCGUAUUAUACUUAAUCUAACCAAAUGACAGCAAAAAAAUGUAAAAAAAUGUGUUGCAGUAAGCGAAAGCGCAGCGAUUGCGGGCUGUGUUGUUUAUAAGAAAACACAAACCAAAAAAAAAAGGAAUGCUGUUGGCAAUAAAGGCACAAAAGAACAAACUAA